UUAAAUUAUGAGUGAAGAGAUUACUGUCAACGUUGUAGAUGCGACUGGUAAAAUGUAUCAUGUCAAGACUAGUAAGAGUGACUCAGUAGCGAAGCUCAAGGAGGAGAUCUGUAAGGCUGGAGAUUGGGAGAUGAAGGAUCUUCUGUUUGGUUUCAAAGGCAAGGAACUGGGAGAAGCUAAGAAUCUAGAGACUCUGGAGAAGAUGAAGAUCCAGCAAGAUAGUACCCUCUUGGUUGGCUCUAAGUUAGAAGGAGGUAUUACUGAUGGUGGCUGAACUCCUCCACUUCCAUUUUGCACUAUCUUCUAAGCGCCUAUAUUAGUACCUGCACUAAGCCGCUGUAAUUCUGUGUUGUAAAACUUUUACAC